GCCGUUUUUUAGGCAGUGGCUGGGCUGCUUGCCAUUUGUUUGUUUUAACAAAUUAAACAAAUUUCCUUACCAAUUUGCCGCAGGAUGUCGGAGGUCCGCAUUCGCCCGCGCCAGGUCCUCGUGCUGAUCAUCGUCUUCCUGGUGGUCCUGAUGAUGGUGCACCGGAACGGGAAGCGCACCUGCCAGGGACCGGAGUACCUGCAGGCCAUGUUCGUCCAGGCGGACACGUUACCCACGAUCUACGCCGUAACGCCGACGUAUCCCCGGCCCGCCCAAAAGGCGGAGCUGACCAGACUAUCCCACCUCUUUAUGCUCUUGCCACACCUCCACUGGAUCAUUGUGGAGGAUACCAACACCACCACCUCGCUGGUCAGGAACCUACUGGAAAGGUCCGGCCUGGAGAAGCGUUCCACGCAGCUGAACAUCAAGACACCGCCGGAGUUCAAGCUGAAGGGCAAGGAUCCCAACUGGAUUAAGCCGCGCGGCGUGGAGCAGCGGAAUCUGGCCUUGGCCUGGUUGAGGGGCCACGUGGAUGUGGACCGCCACUCCAUAGUUUUCUUCAUGGACGACGAUAACUCCUACUCCACGGAGCUCUUCGCCGAGAUGAGCAAGAUCGAAAGGGGUCGCGUAGGCGUCUGGCCCGUGGGCCUGGUCGGUGGACUGAUGGUGGAGCGACCAAUUCUGAACGAGGACAAGACCCAGGUGACGGGCUUCAAUGCCGCCUGGCGACCGGAGAGACCCUUUCCCAUCGACAUGGCCGCCUUUGCCAUCAGCAUGGACCUGUUCAUCCGGAAUCCGCAGGCCAUGUUCUCGUACGAGGUGCAAAGGGGCUAUCAGGAGAGCGAGAUCCUGAGGCAUCUGACCACCAGGGACCAGCUGCAGCCGCUGGCCAACAGCUGUCGUGAUGUCCUCGUCUGGCACACCCGCACCGAGAAGACCAAGCUCAACGCCGAGGAGGCGCUCCUCAAGAAGGGCGAGCGAUCCGACGGCGGCAUGGAGGUCUAACCACCAGGAUGCCAAUGUAUGUCUAUUAGCCAGACCCUCGCCUAGUGAAUUUAUUUAAUGUGUUCGUCUCCAAAACAAUAUGGGGGUGUCACUGAAGCCUCAUAGUUUAGUUAACACUUUCUACUUAAAUGUUCAGAGAUUUGCGAGGCAAAUGUUCUAUCAAAUGUGUAUCCUUUUAAUACUUAAGCAAAAUAUCCUUUAAUUUGUGAAAACUUGGUGAUAGAUUUUUUCGAUUAAUUGCAGCUCAAUUAUGCUAAGGAGAAAGACAUGCGUUUUCGUAGAGUUUAAUGUGCAAUUCAAUCAUAGGUUAUAAUAUUUUAGAAAUAACCGAUUGCUGACAAACAAUAAUGAUUAAAUGUAUUGACGAAGCAGGAGAUCGCAAACCUAAGGAUAUUUCUGUGACACCCCUGAGUAUUAGCGCAAGUUUCAUUUAUGAAAUACUACUAGUUGUACGAAGCUCAAAUCAAAGAUGUAACAUAUCUGUGUAAGAUAGUCAGUCCCUAGUCUAUCUGCAUGAUGGUCAUCUUCAAAGCCGCAUCAAAUAUCAGAUUAUUUUACCUCACAAAGUUAGCCCCAGUUUGUGCCUUCUGUUCAAAAACCCAUUAAACGAAUUUCCCCAGUUACGUUGCACACUAAUCUUAAGUACGCUUUAAUUUAGCCCAUUGAACUGUAUAAUAUUCCCAUAGAUAUUGCAAAAUAUCCGCAGAGUGUACAGAAUGUAAGCUUCCCUUGUGUGCCUCCUGUUUAAAGCCAAUAAAAUUGAUAUUGAUAAUGCCA